AUCUGUGCCUGACUUGAACGUAAACUAAAUUAAAAUGUAACGAUGUUUACAUCAAUAGGCCUCUUUCUGCUGUUUGCUGUCCAGUAUCAUGCAGUGUUUUCGCUCUCAGACAUUACUCGACAUGUGUUUGGGUCGGACAAGAACGGCAUAAUAGCAGCAUUUGGUGACUUCAAUGGAGAUCGAGUGACAGACAUUUUUUCACUAACUGAUGAAGGUAAUUCACUGCUGCUUCUGCUGGGGCACUUGGACAUGACCGAUGGUCAUUUCACACAGUAUACCCUGCUUGAUAAAAAGCAUUUUCCUGACUCUGUAAUCACCGGUGUUAUUCCUUCGGACUUUGACGGGGACUCUCAGAUGGACAUUCUUGUGACCUGCAAGUCCAAAGGAAAGAAGUCCACGCCUGUUACAGUUCAUAUUUUCUGGGGAAAUGGUGAAUCAUCUGUACAAGGUGUGCCAUUGACGCUGAAUGAAACACUGAAUGAUCAACCUGCUGUGAUAGAUGAAAAUGGAGACAUGAUUCCAGAUCUGUUUGGUGAAAUGCUAGUUGAAAACAAACCUCAGCGCUUUUUCUGGAUAUUUAAUGAACGCCGAAAUUACACACUGAAACGUGUUCUUAAUGGAACAUCACAAGAGUUAUCUCCCUUGAAAAUUCCACAGUCCAGUGCCUUUGUCGACCUAAAUGGAGAUUUGACAUCAGAUUUAUGUGUUGCAUCAGUACAAGAUGGCCAACUUCAGUUUGAAUUUUGGUAUAAUGUUAAUGGUGUACUCACAUGGAACAAGACCAUACCAGGUCCAGCAGGGGCCAAGUUUCCUGGUCAACCAUCAUACACUGAUAUGGAGGGUAACCUGUCAGUGGAUAUUGUUCUUCCUGCGUGUGUGGACGAAGCCUGUACACAGAGUGUCAUCUAUGUCUGGUCACACGACAAGUGGUACAACCUCAGUCUAGCUCUUCAAGACGACAAGACGAAGUGGAACUUCGUACCUCCGAACAGAAGUCCUCAUUCAUGGCUGGAAAUAUCACCCACUCUAUGUCUCGGUGACUUUAAUCUCAACUCCUUCCCCGAUGCCUUAACAGUGCUUUACUCCAACAAUGACGGAAAUAUCACCUACAGUGCCUUUGUGAUGAACAAUGUUGACUGCGGUUCAGAAUGCGGUGGCUUCCCGAGGACUUUCCGUGUAGAUGUGAAAAACCCAGUGCUUCCAGCGUCCAAUAAAUACCUUGUACCUGCAUUCUUUGAUUUAACAGAAAAUGGUAUUCUCGAUAUUGUUAUAAGUUCACUGACGGCAAAGGACUCGGAUCUGCGUGCCUUGAAGCAAACGUUUACCGACGAUGCUUGUUUUGAGAAGAUCACAGUUGUCAGUGGUCGGUGUUGGAAUAACUGUUCAAAUAACCACAAGCCUUUUGGAGUGAACCAGAUCGGUCCUACUGUGAAGAUUCAUACGACCAAACCCAACGGAGACCCACAGAUUAGUAUAGCAUCUCAACUCACCAAGUCUGCCUACUUCUCGCUGCAGCUGCCGUUUAUCUUGUUUGGACUCGGGCAGACACCAAACUUUGUGGACACCGUGGAUGUUGGUAUACCCUACCCCCCAGGAAAGGAACCACGGCAUAAGCAAUGGACGUCUGUCAUCCCUAACUCUCAGCUAAUUAUUGUACCGUUUCCUCCUGAUCAUCCUAACAGGUGGAAAAACAAAUUGUUUACAACUCCAUCUCGCCUGGUGCUGUUGACGGGUUCUGCUCUGCUGGGAACCUGUGGCUUCAUUGCGGCUAUCAUAGGACUGCUACACUGGAGGGAGAGGGUGGAAGACAAAAAAGAAAAACUUGAAGAAGCUCAAAGAUUCCAUUUCGAUGCCAUGUAAAUUUAAGACAAAAUGUAGUUUUUUAUAUAAGGUUUAGAAAAAUGCUGGGUUUUUUAUGUAAACUGAAGACAAAAUGUUACGUUUUUCAUGAAAACUGAAGAUAAAAUGUUGUGUUUUUUAUAUAUACUGAAGAUAAAAUGUCAUUUUUUUGUGAAAUUUUGUGUAUAGCUUUAUCAUGUUCUGUUACAGAUCAAGUGACUUUCAUGGAAAAUUACUUAUUUUUCACAGAGUUAUGGCCCUUGAACUUAUGAGAUUAAAAUUUGUUUUCCAUUAUUGUACUUUGCAAUGCCUCAAGCUUCAUUAUGUACUGUUACAGAUCAAGUUUGACUUUCAUGACAAAUUACCCAUUUUUAACACAGUUAUGGCCCUUGAAUUUAGAAGAUAUAAAAAUUAGUUUGCCCGGUAGAGAACGUGUAUUGCUUUAGCAAUACUCUCAGAAUGCUUGUUAUAUAUCUGUUUAGAAUAUAUCAUGAUACAUAAUAUAUCACACUUGUCAUGCAUAAUAAAGACUUCACACGUCAAAAACCCUGUGCGACUUUACAAAAUGUAGGCACUGGGUCAGCACAUUCACCUCUAGAGUCCGUGUUUAAAAACAUUGUUUUAGUCUAAGAUGAUGAAUGGUUCUCAGAAUAGAUGAGAAUGCAUUAUGAAUAUGAAGUAUAUAUGGACCUAAGCAAUAUGAAGUCCAUGGACUGUUUGAGCUUUAAGUCCAGAUACACCAUUUGUAUAAGCGUUGGUUGUGAUGUUACUUUUUACUUUUUACUUGACAUAAUUUAGUUACAGAACAAUUUGCUGAAAGUUAUAAUUGUUGGAUCAGUAUCCAGCAUUUUAAUGUACCUGGGGUCAUUAAAUAUCCUAGCUUAUUUAGAUUUAGUAAUUUUAAGGUUUAAAAACAAAUUCAGCAUUUUAAUGUGUCAUUAAAUAUCAUAACUUAUUUAGAUUCAGUUACUUUAUGAUUUGAAAAAUCCAGCAUUUUAAUGUGUCUGGUGUUACUAAAUAUCCUAGCUUAUUUUAGCUUCGGUUAUUUUAAUAUUCGAAAAUUCAUGUCUACAACCAUAUUGGAAGUAGUUCUACUCCUAUAUUACCCAUAUUGUGUUUUGGCAGUGCUGCUAUCUGGUGCCAAACAUGAGAAAACUAAAUCUUUGAAUUGUUUCUUCCAUUUCAUGUUUGUUUCUUCCAUUUCAUGUUUGUUUCAUCCAUCCAUUCAUCCAUCACCAUUUGUUUCAUAUUAACUUAAUCGUGAGAGUAAUUCAAACUAGAAAGGUUUUUUUUCAUCUGUAUCUUGUUAUUUUAAAUUUAAUUAUUACGGGCAUAAAGGAUCUUUAUUUUUACAAUUUAGUGUGCUGUAAAGAAAAUAUGGUGCUAUAGACAGGAUAUCUAAAAUUAACUUGCAUUUUAUCCACUGUCAUAGUCUAGAUAUGUACAGACAAUCAGUUUCCAUACAAGAUUACAAAUAAUGUACAAAUGCAGUGUAGCAGUAGUUCAUGAAAAGAAUAAUAUGUUGUAUUUAUUUCAAGAAAAUGGUGUGUCUCAUGUCAGUUGACAGUUUUAUACCUCAUCAAACCUGGGGUAAGUUCAGCCAGUCAUUUGUUGCCAAAACUUGUUGGACUGGUUUUUAUGUUGUAGGUUAAACUGAAUGGCCAUGCAAAGAACCAGUCAAAGUAGUUUGCAAACAUUUAGCAGGAUGAAAAAAGUUACCUGUUAAAAAGAACUUUUAGUUAUUCCUAUUCAGUGGUAUGGAAUGCUCUACCAAAAAAUAAUCUCUAUAGCCUCCUCAUUUGUCACCUUUAUUCCCCCACCCACCCCCACCGUCAUGUGACAAUUUCUCAAACAACCCUUAUGUACAGAUGUGUAGUUUAUAAAUACUGUAUCCAAAAUUAUGAAGGCUGUUUUUUUCUGAAACACAGGUGUUUAACACCAGAUUUAAAAUGUUACAUGGUGUUGGAAUACAAGUAUUAAUUUUCUUUUCAUUGUAAUGGCACAAAAUCCAUAUACCUGUGAGAAGUAAAUGUUAUGGAGAUGAGCCCCAGACCUGUCAACCUUUAGUCAAGAGAAAGCAGGAGGUGUGUGUUGAAAAAGCAGGAGAUUUUGUCAAAAAGCAGGAGAUUUUUUAAAUUCACACAAUUUAACCCAAAAUCGCAAGAUUUAA